AUGGAGAACCGGAGCACCGAAUACUACACCGGCCUCUACACAGCACCGACCCCAAACCCAGCAGCCCCUGGCCAAGCCAGCCGCCAGCCCGGAGCACAGCAGGCCUUCGGGCACUGCGACCUCAGCCCCGCACCUGCACACGGGUGCCUGCCCGCCCUCUGCCUUCGUGAAUCACUACGGCGUAGCCGUGCACAACCGACCCCAAACCCAGCAGCCCCUGGCCAAGCCAGCCGCCAGCCCGGAGCACAGCAGGCCUUCGGCAGGGGCCCCUCUGGUCCUCAUGCAGGGCCCACGCCGGGAUCCUCCCAGGGCACUGCGACCUCAGCCCCGCACCUGCACACGGGUGCCUGCCCGCCCUCUGCCUUCGUGAAUCACUACGGCGUAGCCGUGCACACGGCCGGCUCUGCUGUCGCGGCUCAGGGACUUCCCUCCACCUGUGGUCACUAUGCCACACCCCCCGUCUCCACUGCUGCCUACCCCGGCGUGUCCUACCCCGCCCUGCCUGCCGGGGAGCCCUACGAGCAGAUGUAUACCUCACAGCGCACUCCCGCCGGCAGGCCGGGGCUCCCUGGCCAGAGCCCAGCCCUCAGCCACCUGCCACUCCCUCCGGUGCUGGCCCAGCAGUGUCCGCAGCAGCAGCAUGGCCUCCCAGCACACAGCACACUGUGGGCAGCCGGCCCUCCGCCCACCCAGGACGGGCUCAUCCGAAACCAUCCAGGCUCCCUGGCUGCCAGCAGCCCGGCCAGUACCGUUGCAGAUUCUCUGUCCUGUCCUGUUUUGCAAAAUGUUCAGCCUCCCACGUGCAGCCCAGGAGUGCCCGCUGCGUUGUCAGGGACCUUGGCAGCAAGAGCCCCUCCUGCCACAAAUCACCCUGUCCGGUGUGUGGCCUCCGUCCCCGCGCCAUCAGAGCUGCUGCAUCAGAAAGGCAUGCAGUGUGGUGACUGUGUCCCUAGCCCAGCUGGGCCCGCACCCGCUCCCUUGUCAUCAGCUUCCGAUGACGAGGAGGAGGAGGAGGAGGAUGAGGAAGCAGGCGUGGACAGUUCCUCCACCACGAGCAGCGCCUCGCCUGUGCCCAACAGCUACGACGCCCUGGAGGGGGGCGGCUACCCAGACAUGCUCUCCUCCUCCGCGAGCAGCCCGGCUCCCGAUCCUGCCCCCCAGGCAGAGACUGCCCCGGCCCCCGCCCCAGCACCUGCCGCCCCUCAGCCCUCCAAGGUGGCCAAGCCUUUCGGCUAUGGCUAUCCGAGCCUACAGCCCGGGUACCAGAACGCCCCGCUCGGCACUGGCGCCCCGCCCCGCGGCCCCGGCUACUCCGGAUUCCAGCAGUGUUCGCAGCAGAACCCCGGUGUGAGCCAGCUGUCCUCCGGCCUGGGAGGACUGAGCCUACAGAGUUGCCCGCCGCCGGAGAGCCUGAGACCCGUGAACCUCACCCAGGAGAGAAACAUUCUACCGACCACCCCGCUGUGGGCUCCCGUCCCUAACUUGAAUUCGGACCUCAGAAAACUGAACUGUAGCCCAGAUUCGUUUCGGUGCACUUUGACAAACAUCCCACAAACACAGGCUCUGCUGAACAAAGCUAAGCUUCCCCUGGGCCUGCUGCUGCACCCCUUCCGCGACCUCACGCAACUGCCCGUGAUCACGUCCAGCACCAUCGUGCGGUGCCGGUCCUGCCGCACCUACAUCAACCCGUUCGUGUCGUUUGUGGACCAGCGCCGCUGGAAGUGCAACCUCUGCUACAGGGUCAACGACGUUCCCGAGGAGUUCAUGUACAACCCCCUCACCCGAUCUUACGGAGAGCCUCACAAGCGGCCUGAGGUUCAGAAUUCGACCGUGGAGUUCAUCGCGUCUUCAGAUUACAUGCUCCGUCCUCCUCAGCCCGCCGUGUACCUGUUCGUCCUGGACGUGUCUCACAACGCGGUGGAAGCCGGGUAUUUGACAGUUCUGUGCCAGUCUCUGCUGGAAAACCUAGACAAGCUCCCGGGGGACUCACGUACGCGCAUCGGCCUCGUGACGUUCGACAGCACCAUCCACUUCUACAACCUGCAGGAGGGCCUGUCGCAGCCGCAGAUGCUGGUGGUGUCCGACGUGGACGACGUUUUUCUGCCUACGCCGGAUAGUUUACUUGUGAAUCUGUAUGAAAGCAAAGAGCUCAUCAAAGACUUACUGACUGCGCUACCAAGCAUGUUCACCAACACGAGGGAGACCCACAGUGCCCUGGGCCCUGCGCUGCAGGCCGCCUUCAAGCUGAUGUCCCCGACAGGGGGCCGCGUGUCCGUGUUCCAGACGCAGCUGCCUUCUCUGGGAGCAGGACUCCUGCAGUCCAGGGAGGACCCCAACCAGAGGUCAAGCACAAAGGUGGUGCAGCACCUAGGCCCCGCGACUGACUUCUACAAGAAGCUCGCUCUAGACUGCUCGGGGCAGCAGACGGCCGUGGACUUGUUCCUGCUCCUGCGGAGCUCGCAGUACGCCGACCUCGCCUCUCUAGCCUGCAUGUCUAAGUACUCUGCCGGCUGCGUCUAUUACUACCCGUCCUUCCACUGCACCCACAACCCUGCCCAAGCGGAGAAGUUGCAGAAAGACCUGAAGCGCUAUCUCACGAGGAAGAUCGGGUUUGAAGCCGUGAUGAGAAUACGGUGCACAAAAGGUCUCUCCAUGCACACUUUCCACGGGAACUUCUUCGUACGGUCCACCGACCUGCUAUCCCUCGCCAACAUCAACCCAGAUGCUGGGUUCGCAGUGCAGCUGUCAAUCGAAGAGAGCCUGACGGACACCUCGUUGGUGUGCUUUCAGACAGCCCUUCUAUACACGUCCAGCAGAGGGGAGCGGAGAAUCCGCGUGCACUCGCUCUGCCUGCCGGUGGUGAGCUCCCUGGCAGACGUGUAUGCAGGAGUGGACGUGCAAGCCGCUGUCUGUCUGCUGGCGAACAUGGCCGUGGACCGGUCGGUCUCCUCCAGCCUGUCAGACGCCAGAGACGCCCUAGUGAACGCCGUGGUGGACUCGCUGGCCGCCUACGGCGCCACCGUCUCCAGCAUACAGCCCUCCACGCUGGUGGCGCCCAGCUCCCUCAAGCUGUUCCCUCUCUACGUACUGGCCCUGCUCAAACAGAAAGCGUUCAGGACAGGCACCAGCACGCGCCUGGACGACCGCGUGUACGCCAUGUGUCAGAUAAAGUCUCAGCCGCUUGUCCACCUGAUGAAGAUGAUCCACCCCAACCUGUACAGGAUAGACAGGCUGACGGAUGAGGGUGCUGUGCACGUCAAUGACAGGGUGGUCCCCCAGCCUCCUCUGCAGAAGCUGUCUGCGGAGAAGUUGACGAGAGAAGGCGCCUUCCUCAUGGACUGCGGCUCCGUGUUCUACAUUUGGGUCGGAAAAGGCUGCGACAGUAAUUUCAUAGAGGACGUGCUUGGGUACCCUGAUUUUGCAUCGAUACCACAGAAAAUGACACAUCUUCCCGAGUUAGACACUCUUGCAUCAGAAAGAGCCAGAUCCUUCACAGCCUGGCUUAGAGACAGCAGGCCCUUCAGCCCAGUUCUUCAUGUGGUGAAAGAUGAAAGCCCGGCCAAAACGGAAUUUUUUCAGCAUCUGAUCGAAGACCGGACUGAAGCCGCGUUCUCUUACUACGAAUUUUUGCUUCACGUCCAACAGCAGAUUUGUAAGUGAAGUGGAAUGCAGUCGUAUGAGAAGAGAUCCACGACCCAGGGAGAGCACAGCCUGUCAGAGAAGCACCUAGGAAUCCAAAGUGAAGACCUUCGUUACUGCAAGGCACCGCGCGGCUCCGUGUGCGGCUCAGCAGGGGCUGCGGAGGGAGCACAGGCAGGUUCUCUCCACCGGGGAACAGCAGCGAAGGCGCUCUCUCGGCCAGUGCAUCUCAGUUGGUUUCUGCAUGGUUCCAGCAGGGGCAGCCACACCCGCUCUGCUCUUCGUGGGCCGCAGACUUCCGUAGCUAGGUGGGAUGACACGUCAUAACGUAAGAUUAGAUGAAUUCUUUUUUCUUAUAAUUAAUCUGACAUUUCUGGACUUGAACUCUGACAAGAGAUGCCAAGAGGCAGUGGUACCGUGUUAUCUGUUUAUAUCAAUUACUUUUUAAAAAGGAAUGAUUCGUAUUCAUUAAAUGAAUUCAGCAUUUCUCCUGUAAAAACAAUAGUUUCAGUACAUGAACUAUAGACAUAUAUAUAUAUAUAUAUAUAUACACACAGUGUACAUACGUGUUACAUUUGUAAAGAAAAUGUAUAAAUGUAACUACAGAAUAUGAAUCGCUUAAGCUGUGCUGCCUUGUUGGAUGACAGCUUUUUUGUCACAGUUAGAGAAUGGGGUUGACUGAUGUGUAUUAUGAAUUGAGUCCACAAGAGAAACACAAAGAUCUUUGUAAUUCUGUUAAAUCUUUUAUGUGGAUUUAUUUAUGAUCAGCCUACUAAUUAAAAAUAUUUUGCUUGACAA